UAUUUUGAACACCGUAUGUAGCACACGUGAAGCAAACGUCAGUGUCAGUGCACCGAGGAAACUCGAGUCUCAUAACUUCUAGUCAAGCUACUGUCUUUUGUUUUGCAAACGGCAGUACAAAGAAGAGGCUCGAGUCUCAUAACAUCUAGUCAAUCGCCGACAGUCUUUUGUUUUGGUGAUCCUGUCUUGUGUAUUUUUUUUUGUGAUUGAGUGUGGUGUAGUGUAGUGAGAGAGCAAGCUAUUGGAUGGAAUAGGAGUGAAGGAGAGGCGAGAUGUGUAUCGGCGCGAGAGCGGCGCACGCGCUGCAGCAUGUAAACCUGCUGCUUGUGUUGUUCGCGGGCGCCGCUCUGUCCACGGGCGCUCGCCUCCGCUGGGACCCGACCCUCUACAUUGCAAUACGAGAACUCCUGCCGUUUGAGUACCGGCUGCUAGCCGGGGCGCUGCCGUCUGCAGGGGCAGCGUUACUGGCCGCGGCUCACCUUGCCAUCGUGGCCUCACAACACAGACCAAAGAGGAUCCUGCUUUACGCGUACGCAGUUGUAAUGUCGCUCGGCAUGGCACUGGAGAUAGCGCUCGGCAUCUGGGUGUACUCCCGCAUAACGGACUUCUUGAAUUCCCCUGAGUUCGAGGAGUUGGAGCACAUCUUAGCCACGAGGGAGCACCUGCAACCGCUGCUGCAGCAUCUGUCGCGGUGGCACCAGAUACCCGAGCACCUUAGUGCGCUUGUCAAGGAGGCAGAAGCUGACGCCCCCUGGAACGGCUACGUAGCCGCUGCAGGCCUGGCAGCGCUCUUCAUCCUUCAGCUCCUCGGCGUGGUCUUUGCUAUAAUGGCUGCGCGCGCGACGGCGAAGGCCAAGACGAAACGGGUGCAUGUAAACGGCGGACUGUCGGCCAGUCGAGUGUCACUGGUAGAUUCUAUCAGGUACGGCGGCCGCCUCGCGGCUGAGCAUUGCAAGCUGGUAAUAGUUUGGCUCUCUCUGGACAGAAGCAGCCUCAGCGGCCGGAGCAACGGGACCCCGCAGACCCCAGCGAGUGUGAGGAGUUUCCGGAGCGGACGGAGCGAGUAUGCGCCGCUGAAGGCGAAGUAUAAGAACGGGAUUCUUGUACCGGUGUGAGUGUUGCAAGAUCGACUGAUUAAGACUUAGGGCUAAUUGCAUCAACAGUUAACAGAUACAUCAGGGCACUUUCAGAAAUUGGGACCCAAAAUGUGUGACAGUUGUUAACAAACAGUAAUUAACUCGACGUCAGUUUUGUGACAAUUAAAACUUAAAUGUAACGUUAUAAAUGUAGAUUAUUGCUUAUAGUUU